GUCAAUUUGAAAUUCAAAUCCACAAAUUGAACCCGCCCAUAGCUCACCUCCGCCUCUCUUCAUUCACCCGCUACAGUUAACUCUUCUUCUCCAUCUCUCCAUUUCCAGAACCCCCCCAGAGCACAGAAGAAAACAAGGAAUCGCAAAAAUGGUGGUUCCGAAGAAGGCGGCGUUCGCGUACGAGGAAAGCCGGCUGAAGCGGCUGCAAGAGAACAAAAGGAGGAUGGAGGAGCUCAACCUCAACAAGCUCGCCCAAUCUCUCCGCCCCUCCCCCAAACCCUCCCCUAUGAAGAAGACGAAGACUAAGGUGCCGCUGGACCUGAUUCCGGUGAGGAGAUCGAGCCGCGUCUCCGACAAGCCCGCUCCUAAUUACAAAGAGAUUGGAUUUGAAUCUCUGGGGAUUGCAAGGAGAAGUUACGUAAGAAGAGAUUUGUUGAAUCGGGUCUAUGCAUCUGAUGGAGACAGAAUGGAUGCCUUAGAAAGAGCUGAAGCUUUAGGACAAGGAUUGGACAAGGAGUUCCCAAGCUUUGUGAAGCCUAUGCUUCAGUCUCAUGUAACUGGUGGUUUUUGGCUGGGACUUCCAGUUCAGUUUUGCAAAGCUCACCUGCCAAGACAUGAUGAGAUGAUCACUCUGGUGGACGAGAACGGGGAAGAAAGCGUCACAAAAUACUUGUCGUUGAAGACGGGGCUGAGCGGGGGCUGGAGGGGCUUUGCCCUAAUGCAUGAUCUUGUUGAUGGGGAUGCUCUGGUUUUUCAGCUGAUUGAGCCAACCACAUUCAAGGUUUACAUCAUAAGGGUGAAUGAAGCAGCAGAAGAAGAAAAUGGGAGAGAGUGAGUAGGGCACUAAGCAGCAGGAGAGAUCACUUUGUAAGGAACCACUACUAGUAGUUUUUAAAUAUAAAUAUUAGGGGUGCAUAUCUUAUGGCCCUAGUUUUAAUGGCCCAUUUUGACAGCCCAACUCCAAAGCCAACCCAGUGGCCCAUUUGCCCAGUUUGAUUUAGCCAUAGCCCAUUUCUUGCUAAUGUCCUUGUGGACGUGUGCUUUGUAAGGUUUUGCUACUUGCUACUCCUAUCUCAAGUAAAAGGGCAUGUUUAUU